AUGUCGGUGCGGCGGUGCGACAUGCGGCAGUUGCUGCGUGGGCGAGCUGCCAUGUCGUCGCUCCUGCAGGCUGCAGUGAAGAGCGGUGGAGGCCAGGCCAUGCUGCUCCCCCUUGAGACCGUUUCUCUCAAUGCGGUCAACGCUUCCUCAGACGCUCUCCGCGUUCGCCCGCCAGCAGCGCUCUCCUGCUCGCUCUCGCACGGCCUGUCGCUCUCGCUCCUCUCCUCGCUGACUGCCUCUUGGCAGCACGGCAGACACCGCCUCCGAGCCAGAAACCCCCCCAACCAGUUUCCCCGCAUUUCCUUUACCCGAUCCCCUCCCUCUCCCAUUCCCCCUUUCCCCUUUCCCCUUCCGAUUCCCUCUUUCCCCUUCCGAUUCCCUCUUUCCCCUUCCGAUUCCCUCUUUCCCCUUCCGAUUCCCUCUUUCCCCUUCCGAUUCCCUCUUUCCCCUUCCGAUUCCCUCUUUCCCCUUCCGAUUCCCUCUUUCCCCUUCCGAUUCCCUCUUUCCCCUUCCGAUUCCCUCUUUCCCCUUCCGAUUCCCUCUUUCCCCUUCCGAUUCCCUCUUUCCCCUUCCGAUUCCCUCUUUCCCCUUCCGAUUCCCUCUUUCCCCUUCCGAUUCCCUCUUUCCCCUUCCGAUUCCCUCUUUCCCCUUCCGAUUCCCUCUUUCCCCUUCCGAUUCCCUCUUUCCCCUUCCGAUUCCCUCUUUCCCCUUCCGAUUCCCUCUUUCCCCUUCCGAUUCCCUCUUUCCCCUUCCGAUUCCCUCUUUCCCCUUCCGAUUCCCUCUUUCCCCUUCCGAUUCCCUCUUUCCCCUUCCGAUUCCCUCUUUCCCCUUCCGAUUCCCUCUUUCCCCUUCCGAUUCCCUCUUUCCCCUUCCGAUUCCCUCUUUCCCCUUCCGAUUCCCUCUUUCCCCUUCCGAUUCCCUCUUUCCCCUUCCGAUUCCCUCUUUCCCCUUCCGAUUCCCUCUUUCCCCUUCCGAUUCCCUCUUUCCCCUUCCGAUUCCCUCUUUCCCCUUCCGAUUCCCUCUUUCCCCUUCCGAUUCCCUCUUUCCCCUUCCGAUUCCCUCUUUCCCCUUCCGAUUCCCUCUUUCCCCUUCCGAUUCCCUCUUUCCCCUUCCGAUUCCCUCUUUCCCCUUCCGAUUCCCUCUUUCCCCUUCCGAUUCCCUCUUUCCCCUUCCGAUUCCCUCUUUCCCCUUCCGAUUCCCUCUUUCCCCUUCCGAUUCCCUCUUUCCCCUUCCGAUUCCCUCUUUCCCCUUCCGAUUCCCUCUUUCCCCUUCCGAUUCCCUCUUUCCCCUUCCGAUUCCCUCUUUCCCCUUCCGAUUCCCUCUUUCCCCUUCCGAUUCCCUCUUUCCCCUUCCGAUUCCCUCUUUCCCCUUCCGAUUCCCUCUUUCCCCUUCCGAUUCCCUCUUUCCCCUUCCGAUUCCCUCUUUCCCCUUCCGAUUCCCUCUUUCCCCUUCCGAUUCCCUCUUUCCCCUUCCGAUUCCCUCUUUCCCUUCCGAUUCCCUCUUUCCCCUUCCGAUUCCCUCUUUCCCCUUCCGAUUCCCUCUUUCCCCUUCCGAUUCCCUCUUUCCCCUUCCGAUUCCCUCUUUCCCCUUCCGAUUCCCUCUUUCCCCUUCCGAUUCCCUCUUUCCCCUUCCGAUUCCCUCUUUCCCCUUCCGAUUCCCUCUUUCCCCUUCCGAUUCCCUCUUUCCCCUUCCGAUUCCCUCUUUCCCCUUCCGAUUCCCUCUUUCCCCUUCCGAUUCCCUCUUUCCCCUUCCGAUUCCCUCUUUCCCCUUCCGAUUCCCUCUUUCCCCUUCCGAUUCCCUCUUUCCCCUUCCGAUUCCCUCUUUCCCCUUCCGAUUCCCUCUUUCCCCUUCCGAUUCCCUCUUUCCCCUUCCGAUUCCCUCUUUCCCCUUCCGAUUCCCUCUUUCCCCUUCCGAUUCCCUCUUUCCCCUUCCGAUUCCCUCUUUCCCCUUCCGAUUCCCUCUUUCCCCUUCCGAUUCCCUCUUUCCCCUUCCGAUUCCCUCUUUCCCCUUCCGAUUCCCUCUUUCCCCUUCCGAUUCCCUCUUUCCCCUUCCGAUUCCCUCUUUCCCCUUCCGAUUCCCUCUUUCCCCUUCCGAUUCCCUCUUUCCCCUUCCGAUUCCCUCUUUCCCCUUCCGAUUCCCUCUUUCCCCUUCCGAUUCCCUCUUUCCCCUUCCGAUUCCCUCUUUCCCCUUCCGAUUCCCUCUUUCCCCUUCCGAUUCCCUCUUUCCCCUUCCGAUUCCCUCUUUCCCCUUCCGAUUCCCUCUUUCCCCUUCCGAUUCCCUCUUUCCCCUUCCGAUUCCCUCUUUCCCCUUCCGAUUCCCUCUUUCCCCUUCCGAUUCCCUCUUUCCCCUUCCGAUUCCCUCUUUCCCCUUCCGAUUCCCUCUUUCCCCUUCCGAUUCCCUCUUUCCCCUUCCGAUUCCCUCUUUCCCCUUCCGAUUCCCUCUUUCCCCUUCCGAUUCCCUCUUUCCCCUUCCGAUUCCCUCUUUCCCCUUCCGAUUCCCUCUUUCCCCUUCCGAUUCCCUCUUUCCCCUUCCGAUUCCCUCUUUCCCCUUCCGAUUCCCUCUUUCCCCUUCCGAUUCCCUCUUUCCCCUUCCGAUUCCCUCUUUCCCCUUCCGAUUCCCUCUUUCCCCUUCCGAUUCCCUCUUUCCCCUUCCGAUUCCCUCUUUCCCCUUCCGAUUCCCUCUUUCCCCUUCCGAUUCCCUCUUUCCCCUUCCGAUUCCCUCUUUCCCCUUCCGAUUCCCUCUUUCCCCUUCCGAUUCCCUCUUUCCCCUUCCGAUUCCCUCUUUCCCCUUCCGAUUCCCUCUUUCCCCUUCCGAUUCCCUCUUUCCCCUUCCGAUUCCCUCUUUCCCCUUCCGAUUCCCUCUUUCCCCUUCCGAUUCCCUCUUUCCCCUUCCGAUUCCCUCUUUCCCCUUCCGAUUCCCUCUUUCCCCUUCCGAUUCCCUCUUUCCCCUUCCGAUUCCCUCUUUCCCCUUCCGAUUCCCUCUUUCCCCUUCCGAUUCCCUCUUUCCCCUUCCGAUUCCCUCUUUCCCCUUCCGAUUCCCUCUUUCCCCUUCCGAUUCCCUCUUUCCCCUUCCGAUUCCCUCUUUCCCCUUCCGAUUCCCUCUUUCCCCUUCCGAUUCCCUCUUUCCCCUUCCGAUUCCCUCUUUCCCCUUCCGAUUCCCUCUUUCCCCUUCCGAUUCCCUCUUUCCCUUCCGAUUCCCUCUUUCCCCUUCCGAUUCCCUCUUUCCCCUUCCGAUUCCCUCUUUCCCCUUCCGAUUCCCUCUUUCCCCUUCCGAUUCCCUCUUUCCCCUUCCGAUUCCCUCUUUCCCCUUCCGAUUCCCUCUUUCCCCUUCCCCUUCCUCCUUUCUUUCUUCCCCCUUUCCACCUCCCCACACUCCCCAUUCCGCCUUCCCCAUCCUUCGCAGCGCUUCCCCCUGAAGGCGGCGGCAACGGCAAGCGGGCUGGCGCUGGCGGGCGACACCCUGGCGCAGCUCGUGGAGCGCCGCACCCGCCAGCAGCGGAAGCAGCAGCAGCAGCAGGCGCACGCUGCUGCCCGCACCACACUGCAUGAGCAGCACGCGGUGGCGGCAGUCGAGGGGGUGGAACAGCAUGACUGGGUGCGCGCUCUACGCAUGGCGUCGUACGGCUUCCUGCUGUACGGCCCCGGCUGCCACGCCUGGUACCGCUGGCUGGACCACCUGCUGCCCUCCUCCACCGCCACCAACUUCGCCCUCAAGGUGCUGGCGAAUCAGGUGGUGGUGGGGCCGAGUGUGCUGCUGGUGGUGUUCGCAUGGAACAUGGCAUGGAUGGGUCGUGCCAGGGACAUCCCAGACAAGUACCGUCGGGACUUCUUCCCCUCGCUCAUCAAGGGCUACAAGUUCUGGAUUCCGGCCACCUGCCUCAACUUCGCAGUGGUGCCAUUAGAGGCGCGGGUGGCCUUCAUGUCAUGCUGCGCCAUCUUCUGGAACUUCCACCUCUCCUCUUCACUCGGCAAGGAGGCACCUCGCACCCAACCCCAACGCCCUCCUUUUCCUGCUGCAACUUUGCCGGCUCCUGCUUCAUCUCCUGAUUGUUCCCCUGCCGCCGCGGCUUCUGCUGGCGCUCCGCUGAUAGAGCGCAGUCGGCGCAGUCGGCGCGGGGCUAGUGCGGGCGUGCGCGUGCGCGCGCGUGGAGGGGAGGACGGCGGCGGGCAGCGGAAGGGAAAGCAAGGGCCGUCCUUCGGCGAUCAGAUUCUUGACUAUAUCGAAGGCGGCCCGAAGCUAAGGCGGUGGUACGGCGCAGCGGACACUCUGCCCAGGGAUGGCGCUGACGAGGAGGAGGGGGAAGAGGAGGCGGAGGAGGGGGAAGAGGAAGAGGAGGCAGGGGAUGCAGUGUUGGUCACAGAUGCUGACUCGGACACAGGCCAGAUGGUGGUGUUGCAGCUCAUAUUGGCGCGCAGGAGGGUGAGGGUGCUCGUGAAAGACGCCAAGGAGGCCACCGUUGGAUUCGGGCCCUACGUGCAGCCCAUAGCAGGGUCGGUGGCGGGCCAAUCAGCAGUGAGAGCUGCUCUGAGAGGCACUCAGGCAGUUGUCGUCACGGGGCAGCUUGGCUCGUUGGCGCAGCUGCUGCAGGGCAGCAAAGUAGAGCACGUGGUGCUCGUGUCACAG